AAUACCCAAAACAGCUAUCUGCCCACAAAUUCGCAACUGAAACAUAUGAGGGUAUUGGACAAAAGCUUGAGCAAUCACGCAGUUCAGGCUCACAAAUUGAAAAAAUAAUUCUUUUCAUAUAAGUUUGUGCCGGUCGUUUUUCAGAUAUCAUUUUUAAUUCCUAAAAUAGUAAACACCCUUGCUUUUAACAGAAGAAAUGAGUCUGGAUCCAUUCGAAAGCGCCUUCAAUGAGUCCGUUACACCUCCUGACUCACCGCUUCCAUCCCCUACACAUUCAGAAGCAGCAGCAGCCGGGAAACAAGAUUUGAAGGACUCCUCUAAGAGCAAGGGCAAUAUUUCUAGUGAUGAUGAUGAUUAUGACGCCCCUGAUGGUCCUCCACAUUCUCAGGAGCAGCCCCAACAGCCUGUUAAUCCUCCGGACGCUGCUAAAGCCACCACAGCUGCUGCCAAAGAUGACGACGACGAUGAUGAAGAAAAUGAGAAUGUGGAUGUCGAAUUAGGAAAAUACCAAUCCGAAGACCCUGAUAAAACAGAGAGAUUCACGGCUAUAAUGAAAAAGUUUACACCUGAACAAAUGGAGAGAUAUGAAUCUUUUCGAAGGUCUGGGUUUCAAAAAGCAAAUAUGAGAAGGCUGUUACAGAACAUAGCUGGUUGUCCAGUGUCAAUGCCAAUGACUAUUGUUAUGUCAGGAGUAGCUAAAAUGUUUGUUGGGGAGUUAGUGGAAACAGGUAGGAUGGUAAUGACAGAGAGGAAUGAAUCUGGUCCAAUCAGGCCUUGUCAUCUCCGGGAAGCCUAUAGGAGACUAAAACUGGAAGGCAAAGUACCUAAGCGAUCAAGGUCAAGGCUCUUUUUGUAGGGGGUGCUGGUAUCAAGGCAUUGGAAAGCAACAUUUCCCAUGCCUGUCUUUUUAUUUUUUUAGCAAUAUGGAGUUAUGUAAUGCUAUUUUAAUGUUUCUUCAAUGGCAACUUCCUCUGUUAAAACUGUCAAAAUCAAUGUAUUUUUCUUUGUAUGGAUUUGAUGAGUUGUGACUAAAUCUAACCAUCAUAUGGAUAUGAAUGAAUGGUUGAUGGUUGAAAAGUUUAUUCCGUGUCAUAACAUUGCCAGAGGUUGAAAAUUGAAAUGUCUCAACUCAAUCAAGGUUUUUGGAAACAAUUGUGUGAAUGAUUUUCAUGUUUUUUUCCUGA